AUGUUUUGCCAAAAGCUGGACAUUGCUUUUGACCACCUUCAUGAGGCCAACUUUGACCACAGGUGCGGCAUAAACUGUGAUAAGAUCGAGUCGGAGAUAUUCCUCAACAAUUCAGCUAAAAUAGAUCCCGAAAUCCUUACAAUGAAAGGGUAUGAGACAUUGAUCGAAAAGCUACAGGAGAUGGAUGGUGUAAAAGUUGAUACCAAAUCAGUAUCAGGUGUUACUUUAAAAGCUAAAACCUUUCCACAGUUGAUUGAUGUUUACAAAAAGAUUGAUGAUUUUGUAAAUGAACGUGGAGAUUUUACGAAGACAACAGACAGUUCAACUUCAGCAGUUUCUCAGUCAGGUUCUGGUGGUGCAAGACCCAAACAGCCGAUGCAGACACCCACCACAAAAGCUAAAACUGAAGAAUUUCCUGACAAAACAGUUGAUCAAAUUCAGUAUGAGGCUAUCAAGAACUUGAUUGAAAAUAAGCUGUUAGAAAGAUUUUGUACUACACAGCAAAAAACUGAUGAUAAAGUAAAAAUAUGUUUUAUACCUCCUUCACAUCAUCCUAACAAGGAUUUUGAAGAUGUAUAUCAGAAAGUAAUAGGUUUGAUAAGAUUUGACAUUCCUCUUUUGUCUUCAGAUUUAGGAAAAGCAAAACAUGCAGCACAGAAAAUUUCAGAAGAAUUCCAAGAUGUUUUUUGCAAAUGCUGCCAUGACAAACUGGUGAUCAUUGGAGAUAAUAGAGAUGUCACAGAUGCAGCAAAAAACAAAGCAAAUGUUUAUCUGGGAAAAGUAAAAACUACCAACCGAAGACAAAGACAGUUCACAACAAACAGAGAUGUGGGUGAGAGUUCACAUUCCUUAACUGAUGAUGUAUUGUCCACCUAUGAGCAUAUCGCUGGCAGUCUAGAUUUCCCAGGAAAUCUUCUGACUGUUAAAGUUUAUAAGACGGAUAUCACUAAGCUGAAUGUUGAUGUUGUUGUUAAUGCUGCUAAUGGAAAACUGGAUCAUAAUGAUGGUGUUGCAUCUUACAUUGCAAAAGCUGCCGGUGAUGACCUUGUAAGAGAAAGUCGAGAUUACAUCAAGAAAUAUGGUAACAUUUCUGUAACUAAACUUGCAGUAACCAGUGCAGGAAGAAUGCCCUGUAAGAAAGUGUUCCAUGCUGUAGGACCAAACUGGCUUGAUUACAAUGAUGGUGAAAAACACAUUUGCUUGGAGCAUCUGCUAAAAACUAUCUUGAGAUGUCUGUGUGCUGCCAGAGAUCGAAAUAUGACAUCCAUUGCCAUACCAUCCAUCAGUUCAGCAAUCUAUGCAGUACCAAAGGAGCAUUGUGCAGAGAUGUAUGUAAGAGCUGCAAACAGUUUUGACCAGUGUGUACAAGGAGGCUCUUUGAAGGAAGUCCAUUUUGUGGACGUGAAUACAGAAAUGGUGGAUUUGAUACAGAAAACCUUUAGCAAAGAAUGGAAGAAAACCAUCAAUGAAGAAACUAUCAAGAAUGAUCAAAUGAUCAUUAACGAUAUGCUGGGGUACUUUUCAGCUCAACCAAAAAGUGGUAACAAAUUAGCUGUAUUGACCAGUAAGCUCAAUCAUAGUGGAUCUGAACUGUCAGUACAUGCAUCUAGCACUAAACACACCAGUGAUAACGAAGUAACUGUAUCUACCAGUAAGCUCAAUAGUGGAUCUGAACUGUCAAGAAUUGGUACUCCACAGAAAAGUGAUACUAAAGUCCAUGAAUCCACCACAAUGGCUGUUAGUGAAUCUGAACUCUCAGCAAGCAGCAAUAAACUACCACAUAUCUUGGUAUCUUGUGGCAACAUCACACAUGCAAACACUGAUGCCAUAGUUUGCUGGCAAGAUGUAAAGUUAUCAGGGAAAUUUAUGGUUGCUAAAGCUGUUGCUCAGGUUGCUGGAGAUGAUUACAGAAAAGCAUUAAAAUCAAGUACGGUUAAUGGUGUUGUCUAUGGAAUUGUUUUCCACACUACUGGAGGAAAUCUGAAACCGAUGGUAAUCCAUGCUGUUGUGUCAGAAGAUUUAUCUUCAGAAGCAGACUUGGAGGAAAUUGUUGAUUUUAAGAAGAUUGUCAGCAAGAUUCUGAAUGUGGCCCAUGCUUUAGAAUUAUCAUCUGUGGGGUUUCCUGUUUUGAUGACACGUAAAG